AUGGAGGCAGUACCGCGGAUGCCGAUGGUUAGCUUCGAGCUGAAAACGAGCCCCGAACAGACCAACUUCUCUGCCCUCAAGCAGUACAUAGCGGAGUACUAUCAGGAAGAUCCGGCAUCCUACUCGAAGGAAUGCUACCAGCUUGAGCAACUCCGCGGAAAUGCCGUAAGGCCAACGCGCGAUGUCGAAGGCACGGCCACUAUCCGUCGCUACUACUGUCAGCUGCACUCGAUCCAGAAUCGCUUUCUGCUGGGAACGGUUAGCGAAGGGCAGCAAAUGCUAUCGUUCCACUGGAAAGAUUUGUACUCCGGGUGUGUGCUGAUGCGAUGGAACAUCAAGUACGAGAUGGCCGUGGUGCUGCACAACUUUGCCGCCCUGCACACCCAGCUCGGUGCCGCCGAGAGUCGAUCCGAUCCGGAAAGCAUGAAGAAAGCUUGCACACACUUCCAGUGUGCGGCCUGGGCGUAUGGCUAUGUGAAAGAUAAUUAUGCGCUGUUACUGCAGGGUGAUCUUUCCACGGAAUUGCUUAUCUUUAUGCAGGCACUUUGCCUUGCCCAGGCGCAGGAAUGUAUCAUGGAGAAAAGUUUGUGCGAUAAUCGGAAGUCAGGCAUUAUCGCGAAGGUGACGGCACAGAUCGUGAGCUACUACAAUUCGGCGUUGGCCGCGUUGCUUACGCAGAAUGGAGACGAUGGGCGCAUUCAGGACAUUGUCGGAAGCAAGCAGUUUAAGGAAUGGCGUCGUUAUGUACGUUUUAAGAUUUCCUAUCUGUCGUGCAUACUGCUGUUGUAUCAGGGACAACAGUCCGAGGAACAGCAGAAGAUGGGCGAACGAGUCGCACUGUACCAGGCGUCGUUCGAUAAGCUGGAGGAAGCUCGCAAAGAAUCCAAAGGGCUGGCGCAGAUCGAGCAAGUGAACGAGGCGCUCCAAUUUACCAUGGACGUGGUGGAAGCGAAGCGAAAAUCUGCUAAAAAUGAAAAUGAAUUCAUCUACCACGAGGAGGUACCGGAUCUGAGCGCCAUUACCGCCGUGCAGGGUGCGAAUCUCGUAAAUGGGAUCGCCUUUAACGUGAUCGAUCCAGAUGCGAUGGGAGAGGACAUAUUCCAUCGGCUCGUACCGAUGAAGGCACACGAAAGCAGCUCCAUGUACAGUGAAGAGAAGGCCAACCUGUUGCGCACGAUUGGAUCAAAGCUGGACGACAAGGAAGCGGAACUGCAAACGUUCAUCGAUUCGCUCAAUUUAGACGCGAUCGAGGCACCCAAAGCAGCGGAUGACAAGCGUCUGCCGCAGGGUUUGGUUGAUCGAUGCGCUGAACUGCAAGCCAAACCGAACGCCAUCUCUGAUCUUGUUCAAUCGAUGUCAACCCUUGCCGACACUUGCUCGGAUGUGGAAUUGACUUUGAAGGAGAUAAAAAACUUGCUUCGUCAAGAUGAAAUCCGGGAGGAACAAUAUCAAGCAAAAAUCGGCCAACGAUCGAAUGGUGGUGCACACAUGGUAGAACUCGGGCGAGAGUUAGCCAAAUACCAGGAAGCCCAUAACAAAGCAGGCGAAAGCAAUGACACGCUGCGGAAGGCAAUGGGACUACACGUACAUAACUUGAAGAUCCUGUCACAACCGCUUCCAGAUAUAAAAGCCCAGAUUCCGGUCUGUUCGGAGAAGAUCGACGAUGGUGUGUUCCAGGAAUUGAACACGAUCGUCCAGAAGGUCAAAGAAAUGAAGAUGCAGCGCAUUAAGCUGUAUCAAGACCUGCGACAUAACGUCACCGAGGAUGACAUUACGUCACAACUGAUCGCACUGGAGGGUAAUGGUUCGGAGCAAAAGCAGAAGAUGGACGACUUGUUUCGGAAGGAACUUUCCAAGCAUGAUCAGCUGGUGGGACUGCUGGAGCAAAACAUGAAAGCACAGGGAAACAUUCUGAAGGCACUGACAGAGGUGUACGCAAAGUGUGCACCGACGCUAAAGAGUCUAUCUGACGUAAAAACGAAACGGGAUCAAUUCUUCUCCUCGCUUUCGGCGUCAUUCGAUGUGUAUGAAGAUUUGCUUUCAAAAAGUGCUAAAGGGUUGGAAUUCUAUAGGAAAUUGCAAAGCAAUGUACAGAAACUGUACUCCCGGGUUAAGGCAGCCUGCGACGUACAGGAAGAGGAACGCAAUCAGAAGCUAAAGUCGAGCAACGUGCUUAAACGUUCGUCGAUCGAUAGUGCUGCUGUGGGAACGAUUUCAAGUGUGGGCGGUGGUGCUACGGCAACCGGAACCAGCGGUGGAAGUGGUGGACCGAAGCUUAAAGACUAUCUUAAAGCGGGCACCAUCACGUUAGGGUCUAUUAAAGCUGCAGGAGUGGAUAAGAAUCCGGCAAAUCAUUUACCCUCUGUUCGACCUGCCCCCGUUGGUUCGGAAAGCACGGCACCGAUUGUGGGAGGUAGUGGUGCAGCAGGAAUGGGAGCCAACGGUGGUUACUAUCAGGAUUCGUACACAAAUUACCAUCAGCAGUAUCAUCACCACCAACAACAACAACAGCAGCAGCAUCAGCAAAUGCAAUAUGGAGGCGGAUCGAACGUGAGUGGCGCAAGUACAGGGUACGAUUACAACCAGUACUCCACAACGCCACAACAAUCACAAUCACAACCUGCUGUUUCUCCAGCUCCAACGGCUGCUACUGGAUAUGUCAAUCCCAUGUACCAAAACACCGGUGCUACAAAUUACUACUAUAAUCAGAACCAAAUUCCGGCAUCUAAUCCCACUGCGACCGGUUACGAUUAUGGACAACAGUAUGGUCAGCAGCAGGUCCCACAGCAACAGCCAUCUCCAGCUCCCUCGACGUCAUCUUCUUCGACCGACGUCAGUCAGCAGCAAGCGUCCUGGACCCAGUUGAAUCAACAAUUUUCCACCAUGAAUCUCCAGCAGCCGGCUGCUGAUAUGAGCUACGGGAACCAUCAAGCUGGACAGCGCACUAGUGCUUCAUAUGCACAGAGUUCUGGUUACCAGAAUUUUGCUGGAAUGAAUCAACAACAUCAAUAUCCGACAGUGUCCCAAACCCCGCAUUCCUAUCCUUCACCGUACCCAACAUCCUCGAGUGAGUCAAUGUCUUCGGUUUCUUCGACUCAGGAUGUAGCGGCGUAUGGGAGCUACAGCCAAACAUCGAAUGCUCAGCCGCAAUAUCAACAGCCCGGGUCGCAGGUGCAGCAAGGAUAUUCUUCAUCAUCCCAAUACUACCAACAAGCGCCUUAUCAAACGGAACAGACUGCAUCUUACGGAUCGCAUCCGGGCUAUUCGUACAAUCCUCAAACUGGAGCAUACGACUACACCAGUGGCUUCCAGUACGAUUCAAGCAAUUCCAACGUGGGUUCCUACCAGAACCAGAACGUGAUAAAUCCUCAGCUGGGAGGCAACGCAGCAUCAUACGCGGCAUCUGGUCAAACGGCUCCUGCAUCGGUGGAUUCAUCCGCUUCCCAGCCGUAUCAAAUAUCCACUGGAUCUACUGCGGCUCAAUCGUACCCGCAAGGACAACCGGCCAAUACAUCCUAUUACGCACCUAACGCAAGUGCCAGCACCGGUUACUAUCAUCAAACAUCCACCUACUCCACCGUACAAUCGAACCAAUACAUUUCAUCGCAAACUAUGGAUCCAGCAACUGUCACGCCGCCGAAUCCUCUCCCUACUAACACCCCCAGCAAUGUAACAAACGAUCCGGCUAGCAUUGCCCACUAUUCGCAUCACACGAACUCGUACGUAAAUAGCACUGGAUCUCAGAGCGCUACAACCACCGCAUCGGCAUCUACUACAUCGCAACAACAAUCCGUCGUUACACCGCAAACAACCACCCAAUCGAAGAAUAUCGAUCUUCUAUCGGGGAUCGAUUUUUCACCCGCCGUUGUUCCACCGAUUUCUGUGCCGAUUUUACAACCGCAGUCAUCCACGGUCGGAUCGAUUGUUGGCAGUACGGUCGAGGGCAGUGUAGUGGGUAGCGUCAUACUAACGCCCACAAAAGCAACGGCCGAGCCACAAAUAGAAAAGGUCACGAACGUACCGGAACCUGCACUGAAUGCUCCCGCCACACCGAGUUCAAUGACGAUUGGAGAACGCAAGCCCAGCCUUGACAAUUUGUCCCUUUGUUCGGAUUUGAGCUCCAGCUUUGAUUGGGAAAGUGCAUCGGUUUGUGGUGCUACGGCGUCGGUAUCAGGGGCUGCUGCCAACCCGGCGGACAAUGUAUUUUUACGCCCUGCCAAACCGGAUCCUUUCGAGGAUGCGGCCACACUGAAGUGGUUCCAUAAGGAGGUGGAACGGUUGGAAAAAUUUGUUGAAACAAGCGGUGUGAAGACGCUGAACGGAACAACGCCGUUGGACAGCAAGUGGAAAGAGUUACAGGAUUUGCUGGUAAAGGAAGAAUCGAAGCGUCAAGUAAGCGUGGCUCGCCUGUUUCCGGAAAAGAAUCGCUCGAUCGAUUGCGUCCCGUACGAUCACGCACGGGUACAACUGUCCACCGAUACGGAUAACUACAUCAACGCUGUUUACAUAAAGUUCCAAAAGGAUACAAAAUUGGAUCUCGGAUUUGGAUGCCCGCACUUCAUUCUGGCACAGACACCGCUCCCAAACACGGUGAACGAUUUUUGGAACAUGAUCUGGUCCCAGAAGUCAAACGUGAUCGUUUGUUUGCAUACCGCUAACGAGCUUUUGGAUCCCUUUUGGCCAACGGAACUAGGGCAAGAGCUCAGCUAUGGCGAUGUUUCGGUGAAUCUAAUGAAACAGUUCGAUCUUACCCACUGCACCGAACGCACGUUGCGUAUCAGCAUGCUUGGUUCGGACUAUUCCCUAACCGUUGCCCUGCUGCAGCCGAAACUGUGGCCCAAAAAUUCGCCGGAACAAAUUCUCGGUGUAGCGCAGAACCUGAUCGAUUCGUACCGUCAGUACAAUCACGAGCAAAAGCUACCCCAACUGCGUCCGCUCGUGCUCAACUGUCUGAAUGGGACCGAUCGAUCGAGUUUGGUAACGGUUGCGAUUGUAACCAUACUGGCGACACAAACCCGGAAACCUUUGCUGAUUAAUGUGAUCGAUAUAUGGUACCGGAUCUGUUGCCAACGGAAGGGAGCACUUCGCGAUCCGAAUCUGAUUCAGCUCUCCUAUCAGAUUGUGCUGAACAAUGGGCACGGCAUACUAAACAAACGUGGCAUACUGACAUCCUACCAGAUGAAAUCAGCCCAGGUGGCAAGCAGCACUGUGAAGGAGGAAGCGAAUAAUGAUCCAUUUAAAGAUCUUGAUCCACUGUGGAAACUGAAGUAG